AUGUUUUAUUUUGUAAUCUUUAUUCAGACGGCAAUCAACACUGGCGUUGGCAUUGGAGCAAUCUUGCUUGCGGGUGAAUGCCUUGAGAUCAUGUACUCCAAUAUUUCUGUUCAUGGAUCCCUCAAAUUGUACCACUUUAUAGCAAUGGUGACAGCAGUAAUGAUAGUUCUAUCUCAGCUUCCUUCCUUCCACUCCCUGCGACACAUCAACUUGUGUUCACUACUUUUCGCCCUUGGCUACACCAUCCUCGUGGUUGUUGCCUGUAUUCAUGCAGGUACAUCAGCAAAUGCCCCUCCAAGGGACUAUUCUUUAGAACCUAAGAAGUCUGCAAGGGCUUUCAGUGCCUUCACGUCCCUCUCCAUACUUGCAGCAAUAUUUGGGAAUGGCAUAUUACCUGAGAUACAAGCAACUCUGGCGCCCCCUGCCACUGGGAAGAUGGUAAAAGGCCUUCUUAUGUGUUAUGCAGCAAUUUUUGUGACUUUCUACUCUGCUGCAGUUUCUGGAUAUUGGGUAUUUGGAAACAAAUCAAACUCAAAUAUUUUGAAAAGUCUGCUACCAGAUAGUGGACCUUCUUUGGCCCCUACUUGGCUCCUUGGACUUGCAAUCAUCUUUGUUCUUCUUCAGCUCUUUGCCAUUGGCCUGGUUUACUCUCAAGUUGCUUAUGAGAUAAUGGAGAAGAAAUCAGCAGAUGUGAGGCAGGGGAUGUUUUCCAAAAGAAAUCUCAUUCCUCGCAUAAUUCUUCGAACAAUUUACAUGAUAUUCUGUGGGGUUUUGGCAGCCAUGUUGCCAUUUUUUGGAGACAUAAACGGUGUGGUUGGUGCUAUUGGUUUCAUCCCUUUGGAUUUCAUUCUGCCAAUGCUUCUAUACAACAUGACAUACAAGCCUCCAAAAUCAUCCUUAACUUACUGGAUCAACCUCUCAAUUAUUGUGGUGUUCACGGGUGCUGGAAUCAUGGGUGCAUUUUCUUCCAUAAGGAAAUUGGUUCUUGAUGCCAACCAAUUUAAGCUAUUCAGCAGUGAUGUAGUGGAUUGA